AUGUCCGCACAGUGGAGCAAGGAACAAACUUGCAUGUUAAUUGAUAAAUGUAAAAACGGUAAUGAAGAAUAUCACCGAAUCUCUAAUCGUGAUAAAAGAAACUUCUGGGAGAAGAUUGUGGAGAAUAUUAAUCAAGCAAAUAAUACGAAUUACUUCACUGGAGAAGAUUCAGGUUCUGGACAUUUACCAAACCAAAUUUCGUGA